AUGAGCUCGAAGCAACGUCUUGCCAGGCAAGCAAAGCCGGGUGAUCGCAUCCGCAGAGAGACUGAGUAUCAGAAACCAGAAAACCAGCUCAGAAGCGGCUUUGUUCACCGAGAGACUCCCUUGGCUGACAAGAUUAUCUACGAAAGGCUGCAAGGGAAGGCCUACCAAGGCCCCACGACAUCGCUCACUGGGGCGACAAUGAACCCAGGCCUUGUGGCAGCGUAUCCAGGUGGUCAGGUCAAGCCUGGAGAACCCAGCUCUGUCCGUCAGGGGAAUCAAAUGUCAGCUUCGCGUGGAUCGGGUCAGAAACCUACUCAGAGGCCACAGACAGCGCGGCCUCGACCUGCACAGUUCGAGCGAACACCCUGGUUCUGGCCUUCAAUAUCUGACGGUGUUUUGCCAAAGGUCUCAAAGCGCCCUGUUCCGAGACAUCAGAGCAAUACCGUCCAGAAUCAACCCUCGCGCAGAGCUAGCUCAAAUGGCCAGAAUAUGGCACCCCGACAAAACAACCCAAGGCAACAGGCAAAUGACCCUGAAGCUGAUGCCAAGUCAAGCGGUCACACUGAAGAACAGGGUGAGAAGCACUGGAUGGAUACGAUCAUAGCCCACUCUAGGCUCUGCCUACAGCCCACCUGCACCCCCGACCAAUUCAUUGAAUUAAUGUUCAAGAAAUUGCCUCCAGACGUGCAGAGUACCUUGCCGACUUGGCGGGACCUUCGCUCUCGUUUGACGGACACUUGUUCACGUCGCAGAAAAAGGUUGAAAUACGAAGGGGUGCAUGUCCUGUCACAACCUGAUAGGACGAGCGCAGAUAAGAAUUUUGACAUAUGGAAUCAGCUAUACCACGCGCGGUAUAUUAUCGACAAUUGGCACAGCCUCAAGGCUGGCAUGGCUGUUCUCAAUGCAUACCAGAGUGGGCGUGAAAAUGCUCUGCCUGAAGUCUUGGGGAUUUCGCCAGGUGCCUUGCUUCGUCUUUCAGACACUGACAUGAACGAGGUUGUGAGUCCGCAAGAUGUGAUUGAGGCGACGGCCUUUGCCAAAGACCUCGAGGACUUCGGCGAUUCACUUGGGCUGCACUCACCGGCAGCAACGGCGUCCGAGCCAGUCUCGAACACUGGCAGCUCGCGGAUGCAGGACAGGGGAAAGGGUAAAGACAAGAUUCCACCCCUGCAGGAAUCGCGCUUCGCAGUCAAGUCUCAGUCCAACCGUCCGACACGCAGCGGCAGUAUUGACUGGGAAGUUCCCGAGUCCGAUGAAGAGGCGACCGUUGUUGCGGAUAGAGAGACACCCUCGGGGGAUUCCUCUAGACGUAGGGACAAGCGCAAGCGAGAUAGCUCUGCCACGGGACCCCGCAAGAAGAAGAGAAAGCCACAGCUUCCAACAAAAGACGAUACGGUGGUCACUAUAACAUCAGGUGACGAACUUGUCCUACCGGCGACGAGACAUCAAUCACGCGGACCCAGCAGAAGCAGCCCAGCGCCGCAGUCGAGGUCGAGGAGGGGGGGGAGUGUUCGAUCUCCUGGACCCAGCCUGACACAGCAAGAGAUGACGCCUCCGGACUCUACACCAUGCCACAGGAAACCGAGUCCCCCGACCCCGAAUCCCAUUGGGUAUAUUCGUGGGAGAACUGCGGAUUACCAGGGGAUCCCUUUUCACAAACGUGAAAAAGCUAUGGAUAUGCAUCAAAAAGAAAUGAAUCUUCUCAAACGGAAACACCAGUACAAAAAGGAGCUAGAGAAGGGAAUCAAGGUGGAAGAUGAGGAUGAGGUUCAGGGGGACAUUGGCGAUGGGAGCGAGUAUGGUGAUGAUACGGGUGAUGGGGGGGCUACUAGUGAUAAGUGUACGAGCGACGAGAGUGAGGAUACCAGUGACAAAGACGAGAACAGAAGGGAUGGCGAUUAUCAAGAAAGGGAGAGGAAGUUGGAGCAAGAUAGGAAGCGAAAGGAAGAAGAGGAGAAGGAAAGGAUGGAAAAAGAGAAGAAGUUAAAAACGGAGAAGAAGAAGAAGAAAGAGGAGAGGGAGGAGAAGCAGAGGGAGGAGAAGCAGAGGGAGGAGAGGCAGAGGGAGGAGAGGCAGAGGGAUGAGAUGCAGAGGCAAGGGAGGGAUCCGGAGAGAGGGUUAAGGAGACGCCCAAGAAAGAGAGGUCCAAGACGCAGGGGCAGACAUUGGAGUCAAGGUAUAACGGCAUAG